AUGACUUUGAAGAACAAGAGUCCGAAAGCCAAGACGAAGAAAGAACAGAAGGCCGCAGAACUUGAGAGACGCAAGGCUCUCAGAGCUCAAAGAGAAUUCGAAGCUUUUGGAGCGGAACGCGAACGGAGACCAGGAACUUUAUCCGUGUAUGAAGUUUGGUGGUGUAAACAGUAUCAAUGGUUAAAGGCUCAUGGGUACUUACUUCGUUCUCGAUAUGCCCCGGAAUGGAUACCAUCAUGGGAGGGUUCACAGCGUCACCCUUUUACUUGUGAAGAUGGUCACAUAUCCCAAUUUCCUCAAAUAAUGGAUGCGACUCGCAUGUCUGAUGGCUUGUACAUUUCGCUCAAAGUGGUGGACAAAUCGGUACACCCUCACGAAGUAGAUAUCGGGCAAUAUUUCAUGAUGGAGCCCCUUGCUUCCGAUCCCAAGAACCACUGCGUUCCAUUUCUCGAUGUACUAUCAGUACCGAACGAAGAGGGAAAACAUAUACUCGUGAUGCCACUGUUGCUUGAUUUUACGAUGCCUCGAUUCGACACCGUUGGCGAGGUGGUGGAAUGCCUUAGACAGUUAUUUGAAGGGUUGUUGUUCAUGCACACCAAUCACGUAGCGCACCGCGAUUGCAUGUCGAGAAAUAUCAUGAUGGAUGCAAAACACCUCUACCCUGAACCAUAUCACCCUGCUCAACCUCAUAUGAAGCGUGACUUCAGUGGCUAUGUGAGCCAUCUCACUCGCACUCAGCGGCCGCCAAAGUACUACCUAAUUGAUUUUGGUUUAUCACGGCGGUACGAUGCCACCGAGGAAAACCCACUCGAGUAUCCAAUAUUUGGGGGCGACAAAUCAGUGCCAGAAUUUCAGAAGAAUGUCGACGUUCCAAUGAAUCCUUUCCCCACCGAUAUCUAUUAUCUCGGAAACGUCAUCAGAGAGCAGUUCUUGUAUGCCAGAGUUGGGCUUGAGUUUUUGAAACCUCUCGUCGACGACAUGGUACAGGAUAGUCCCAGUGGGAGACCUACCAUGGAAGCGGUAGUUCAGCAGUUUGACUCGAUCCGUCAAAGACUCAGCACAUGGAAACUGCGUUCCCGUGUCAUUUCUGUGGAGGACAGCCUCCUGGAAAACAUGUAUUACGGAACCACACACUGGCGGCGGCGCAUAGGCUUUAUCGCCAGGCGUGUUUCAGCUAUACCUCACCCUUCCGGUUGAAAAAUGCCUCGUGCGAUGUGUGCAGUGAUACCAUGUGAGCCUCAAGGUCUGAGGAUAUGGGAUGAAGUCUUGGUUAAAAUCUACCGGCCAAAUAGUCGGUUACUCCUGCAUGAUUAUUAUAUCUAGGCGUUGCUCUUCGCUGUUACGCGUCAUUCCCGACAUAUCUUAACAGAACUAUUAUACUCAGUAUGUAAAGUUGCGAAGGUCGGGACCUUGUAAAACAAGGUAACUUAUGCAAUGCCCACGGAGCCGUGGAACACCUUAGUUCCAUGC